CGCCGCGCUGCUCACUCCCCGGAGUUCCGAGCGCCGCGGCCGUCGCGUCCGCCUGCCCUUAAAGGGCUGGCGCCCCAACAACUCUCCGCGCGGCGUCCGGUCGCUACCACCUAUCACGCCCCUCAGCCUUAGACUCUCCUCCCUUUGGGGCCGCCCCCACUGCCGGCUUCCCCUCCCUUCCUCCCAUUUCCCGGCGUCUCCAGGCUCCCAGCAACCAGCCUCCUCCUCGCUCCCACGGCCCUGGCCGGCGCCCGCUGGGUCUCCGAGCCGUGCUCCUCGGCCCCUCGCGAGCUGGGGCCCCUUCCUGUGGCCCGUACCCACAACCCCCACCUCCGCGUCCCAGCCGCCUCCUCCCCUCCCGGGCCCUGGAAAGCGUGUCUGCGGCUCCAGGGAGGGGACGUUUCCUAAUCUCAGGCCGGGGUUAAAGUUCUGGUCCUGGUGAGAUGCUGGAAGCUGCGGCCAGAGCCGCAACUAGCCCUGGAGGUGUCUUGUCGCCUGUCGCCGCCGCCGUCGCUGCCGCCGCCACUGCCGUCCUGCCGGGGCCAUGUUCGCUCUGGGCUUGCCCUUCUUGGCACUCUUGGUGGCCUCGGUCGAGAGCCAUCUGGGGGUUCUGGGGCCUAAGAACGUCUCGCAGAAAGACGCCGUGUUUGAGCGCAUCUACGUGGAUGAGGUCAACAGCGAGCUGGUCAACAUCUACACCUUCAACCAUACUGUGACCCGCAACCGGACGGAAGGUGUGCGCGUGUCCGUCAACGUCCUGAACAAGCAGAAGGGGGCUCCUUUGCUGUUUGUAGUCCGCCAGAAGGAGGCGGUGGUGUCUUUCCAGGUGCCCUUAAUCCUGCGAGGGAUGUUUCAGCGCAAGUACCUCUACCAAAAGGUGGAGCGCACACUCUGUCAGCCCCCCACCAAGAACGAGUCCGAGGUCCAGUUCUUCUACGUGGAUGUGUCUACACUGUCACCAGUCAACACCACGUACCAGCUCCGGGUCAGCCGAAUGGACGACUUCGUGCUCAGGACUGGGGAGCAGUUCAGCUUUAAUACCACAGCAGCCCAGCCCCAGUACUUCAAGUAUGAGUUCCCGGAGGGAGUGGACUCAGUCAUUGUCAAGGUGACCUCCAACAAGGCCUUCCCUUGCUCAGUCAUCUCCAUCCAGGAUGUUUUGUGCCCUGUCUAUGACCUGGACAACAACGUAGCCUUCAUUGGCAUGUACCAGACUAUGACCAAGAAGGCAGCCAUCACCGUGCAGCGCAAAGAUUUCCCCAGCAACAGCUUCUACGUGGUGGUGGUGGUGAAGACUGAAGACCAGGCCUGUGGGGGUUCCCUGCCUUUCUACCCCUUUGUCGAAGAUGAACCGGUCGAUCAAGGGCAUCGCCAGAAAACCCUGUCCGUGCUGGUCUCGCGAGCAGUCACUUCCGAGGCCUACGUUGGCGGUAUGCUCUUCUGUCUGGGCAUAUUUCUCUCCUUCUACCUGCUAACCGUCCUUCUGGCCUGCUGGGAGAACUGGAGGCAGAGGAAGAAGACCCUUCUGGUGGCUGUGGAUCAAGCCUGCCCAGAAAGCGCUUCUCUCCUUGGUCACCCCCGGGUCCUGGCCGAUCCCUUCCCUGGCAGCUCCCCGUACGAGGGCUACAACUACGGCUCCUUUGGGAAUAGUUGUGGCUCCACCGGAUCCACUGACGGUCUGGUUGACAGCGCGGGCCCCGGGGACCUCUCCUACAGUUACCAGGGGCAUGACCAGUUCAAGCGGCGCCUCCCCUUGGGCCAGAUGCGGCAGCUGUGCAUUGCCAUGGACCGCUCCCUUGACCCCAUGGGCACUCGGCCACGACUGGACUCCAUGAGCUCUGUGGAGGAGGACGACUAUGACACAUUGGCUGACAUCGACUCAGACAAGAAUGUCAUUCGCACCAAGCAAUACCUCUACGUGGCCGACCUGGCCCGCAAGGACAAACGUGUCCUGCGGAAAAAGUACCAGAUCUACUUCUGGAACAUCGCCACCAUUGCUGUCUUCUAUGCCCUUCCUGUGGUGCAGCUGGUGAUCACCUACCAGACGGUGGUGAAUGUCACGGGGAACCAGGACAUCUGCUACUACAACUUCCUCUGCGCCCACCCAUUGGGCAACCUCAGCGCCUUCAACAACAUCCUUAGCAACCUGGGCUACAUCCUGCUGGGGCUGCUCUUCCUGCUCAUCAUCCUGCAGCGGGAGAUCAACCACAACCGGGCCGUGCUGCGGAACGACCUCUACGCUCUGGAAUGUGGGAUCCCAAAGCACUUUGGCCUCUUCUACGCCAUGGGCACGGCCCUGAUGAUGGAGGGGCUGCUUAGCGCUUGCUAUCACGUCUGCCCCAAUUAUACCAAUUUCCAGUUUGACACGUCGUUCAUGUACAUGAUCGCUGGGCUCUGCAUGCUGAAGCUCUACCAGAAGCGCCACCCAGACAUCAACGCCAGUGCCUACAGCGCCUAUGCCUGCCUGGCCAUCGUCAUCUUCUUUUCUGUGCUUGGCGUGGUCUUCGGCAAAGGGAACACAGCAUUCUGGAUUGUCUUCUCGAUCAUUCACAUCAUUGCCACCCUCCUGCUCAGCACACAACUCUAUUACAUGGGCCGCUGGAAGCUGGACUCGGGGAUCUGCCGUCGCAUUCUCCAUGUGCUCUACACAGACUGCAUCCGGCAGUGCAGCGGGCCCCUCUAUGUGGACCGCAUGGUGCUGCUAGUUAUGGGCAACAUUAUCAACUGGUCACUGGCUGCCUAUGGGCUCAUCAUGCGUCCCAAUGACUUCGCCUCCUACUUGUUGGCCAUUGGCAUCUGCAACCUGCUUCUUUACUUUGCCUUCUACAUUAUUAUGAAGCUCCGGAGCGGGGAGAAGAUCAAGCUUAUUCCCCUGCUCUGCAUUGUCUGCACGUCGGUGGUCUGGGGCUUUGCGCUCUUCUUCUUCUUCCAGGGACUCAGCACCUGGCAGAAAACCCCUGCGGAGUCGCGGGAGCACAACCGGGACUGCAUCCUCCUCGACUUCUUUGAUGACCACGACAUCUGGCACUUCCUCUCCUCCAUUGCCAUGUUUGGGUCGUUCCUGGUAUUGCUGACACUUGAUGAUGACCUGGACACCGUGCAUCGGGACAAGAUCUACGUCUUCUAGCAGGAGCUGGGCCCCUUGCUUCACUCAUGGGACUCUGAGCUCCUUGGCUGCACUGCCCAGAGCUUGCGUAGUGCCAGGGAUGUGAGUCCCAGCCCUGCUGCCCUGUGCCGGGUGGCGGUGGGACAGCAAGGUCUAGCCCAGGCUUGGCCGUGGACAGUCACGGGGGUGGCCUUGAGCCUUGCUCCUUCCCUCUGCUGGGGAGGAAGCCUGCUUCCCCCGAAACCCUGGAUGUUGGCCAAAUUGCUGCUUUCUUCUCAGUGUUGGGACCUUCCAUGGGUCCCUGUCCAUCGGCUCUCUGUUUAUCCUUCUGCAGGAGGAAGGAGGGAAGUGUUCCCUGUCCAUCUCAUGCCUUGUAUUCUGCUCGUCACUCCACUGCCCUCCAGUCUGGGACCCAAAGCGCUUUCUCGUCCCUGAGCCCCCACUCAGGGCCUUGGUCUGGGGCCUGAUUCCCUGUCCUGCACCUGGGCUCGCUCCACUUCUCUUUGGGUCUGUCCCUGGCUGCCAUCACUGCCCACUCCUGUCAGCCAGGAUGGAUGGGGGUGUAGGAUUCUGGGGGCUGGCCAGCUGGUGCCAGGCUUUUGGUGCUAAGGCCUCCAAGGGCCCCCGGGCAGUGCUGCCCCUCCCCCUGUGCUCAGGGCUGGCUCUUUAGCAAUGAGGGUCAGCCCACAUGGGAGAACCGCCUUUAAUCUGAAGGACUGAAUUCAGAGGUCACUUUCCUAUCUCAUCAGCCCCCAGACUGAUGUUGGCAUCAAGAUUGGAAGGAAAAAGUAACUCAUCUUUUUCCUUCCUUUUUCUUUCCAGGCCCUUAGUCCUGCCAAACCCCAGACAGGGGCCUUUCAGUGCCAUCGACACUGCCCAAGAAUGUCUAGAGGCAAGGAGGGGACACAAAGCCUGGCCUGCCUCCUCCAUGGUCACAGGGGCCCCAGUGCCUGUCUUAGAUCAGGGCUCAGGGAAGGGACGUGAUAACUCCCCUCCGUGUCCCGGUCCAGCCUCACUCUAGGAUGCAGGGCUGGCUUCUAAGUUUCCGUCCAGUCUUCAGCCGAGUUCUGUGUCAGUCACAUACACACACACGUGAAACCUUGGAGUUUACACUGAGUGGCCCCAGCUCUGGUUCUCCUGGCUACUCUGGACCUUGGAUCCCUCCCUUUACCUGGUCUGUUUCAGAUGCCAAGGUUGGGGGAGGUCAGGUCCGGCCUUUGCCUGGGGCAUGGGAAUGUGUUUUAUGCUCCCCAGUUUGUUUUUGUAGCUCUCCCUUGGGCUGGGGAGAGGAGGUGGGUCUGGAUCUUUUUUUCAGAGCUCUAUUUAAUGUCUGUUUCCAUGCUAUGGUUGCAUUUCUGUUUACUAUGAAUGAGUCUGCAUUCAAUUAAAGAAACAACCAGAUGCA